AUGAAGGUCACAAAUGCCUUGGUACAGGCCAUUGGCGUGCUCAGCUCUCUCGGUUCAAUAGUAGAUGCAAAGGACCACAGUCACUCUCGAACUGAUGCAUGCCACCCAAAUCACCCAUUCAAGCCUCUCCCCGCUAGCAAUGCCAGAACUAAGACCUGUCAUGUAGCCAAUCAUGGACAUGGAAAGGACGAUUCUGCCAAUGUUCUCGCCGCAUUGAAGAAAUGCAACAAUGGCGGAAAGGUUAUUUUUGACGCGGACAAGACUUAUACCAUUGGAAAAGCGCUUGACAUGACUUUCCUCAAGCAUGUUGAUCUGGAAAUCCAGGGACAUGUUCAAUUCACCAAUGACACGGAUUACUGGCAAGCAAAUGCUUUCAAGCAGAUCUACCAGAACGCCACGACGUUCUUCCAACUCGGCGGCGAGGAUGUCAAUAUGUAUGGCGAUGGUACCCUCGAUGGAAAUGGUCAGGUCUGGUAUGAUCUGUAUGCAAAGGAUGCUCUCAUCUUGCGUCCAAUUCUGAUGGGCAUCAUCGGAUUGAAGGGUGGCACCAUUGGUCCUCUCAAGCUUCGCUAUUCGCCUCAGUGGUACCACUUCGUGGCCAAUUCCACUGAUGUGCUUUUUGAUGGAAUUGAUAUCACGGGAUUUAGCAGCAGUAAGAAUGUGGCUAAGAAUACAGAUGGAUGGGAUCUUUACCGCUCGUCGAAUAUUGUCAUUCAGAACUCUGUUAUUAACAAUGGAGAUGACUGCGUCUCUUUCAAGCCCAACAGUACCGAGAUUCUAGUUCAGAACCUUCAUUGCAACGGUUCUCACGGCAUUUCCGUCGGAUCUCUCGGUCAAUACGAGGGCGAGGUUGAUAUUGUGCAGAAUGUGCUCGUCUACAACAUUUCCAUGUUCAACGCAUCGGAUGGUGCUCGCAUCAAAGUCUGGCCUGGAACUGCCUCUGCGCUCUCAACCGAUCUCCAAGGCGGCGGUGGAUCAGGUAUCGUGAAGAACAUUACCUACGACGGAAUGACCAUCGACAACGUCGACUAUGCGAUUGAGGUGACUCAAUGCUAUGGCCAGAAGAACCUCACUCUUUGCAAUGAGUUCCCCAGCAGCCUCGUCAUCGAAGAUAUCCUCUUCACCAACUUCAAUGGCGUGACCUCGGGUAAAUAUGACCCUAAAGUGGGAACUAUUGUCUGCUCGAGCCCGAAUGUUUGCUCGGAUAUCAAGGCAACCAACAUCGAUGUUACUAGCCCUGAUGGGGAUGACCAGUUUACAUGCACAAAUGUCGAUGAUAGCUUAUUGGAUGUGAACUGUGCUACUUCCUCUUAG